CACAAUUUUGAGACUCCAACAUCUUACAUUUAAUAGAUGUCACUGUAACACCCCCAUUUUUCCCACCAAAAUAAAAUAACAUUUUGAAAUGAAAACAUCUUUAUUAUAAAACAUAUUUAGAGUACAGUGGAAGUCUUUGAUGGAAAAACAGGUGUGUCACCGCCACACUCAACCUAUACAUGAUUGAGUGCACAGGCUAUCCACCAUUAAUUCAAGUAGUCAUCAGAUAAAACUUAAACAAAGUUUAUGGAUUACAAAUUUAAACAACAAUAAUUAAUCAAACGUGUGCAACUAGCGGAACACUCGGGCAGCAAGUACAUCAAUCUUCAUAAUCAUAAUCAUCUGUACAAUAGAGCAAAGAGAAAAAGAGAAAAGAGACAAAAAUUAGCUUUAGAGCUAAGUAAGAUUCCACCCGAACCCGUAAAAUAAUAUAAUUUGGAAAAUAGGUUUUUGUAUAUGUAUAUAUAUUGAAAAGUAGUCUCUCAUAUUUUCAAAAUGGUUUAAUGUCAUAAAAUAAUUUCCACAAUAGAUAAGAUCAUCCUUCAAUUCUUCCAAAAGUAAUACUUUAGAUUCUUUUAAGAGUGGGCGAAACUCAAGAUUCCUCGAGCCCAAUGAGUCGUUGUUAUCUACGACUCAUCCCGGAAUUCCGGCUCCCACCGACCACCAAUUGGAAGCUGAAUUUCUACCUUAAGUGUGCACACCCUCUAAAAGGGAUUCCAAGCCCUCCGAGUAGUAAGAAACCCAAGUAGGCAGGAUGUUUUCUACCACCUACUCACAAGGGACAUUGUCCAAGGGUAAAUUAGGUAACUACUACUACGACCACCAAAGGAUCUUUGAUCCUCAAAUAAAAGCCCGGGAUGUCUACCGGAGUAUGUCAUUGCCGGACUGGUUACCGACCCAAAUAAAUUUCACCGAAAGUAGUAGUAGCCCUAACCACCCACGCCUCGUGUUUCUCUCGAGACGUAAGAAUAUAUAUUAUGAAAACUUUAAGUUUUCCCCAAAUCAUUCUUGUCACAUUUUCUCAAAAUAUCCUUUGUAAUAAAUAUAAAUCCACCAAUAUUCUUUAAUAAAAAGAAUAUACAUUUAAUCAUCCAUAAAAGGUAAUAAUCCACCAAUAUUCAUAUAGUCAAAAUAUUCGAUCCAUGUCAAACAUAUAAUUUCCAAUUCAUAAAUAAUUCACAUAGUGCAAAUAUUGCAUACAUAUAAGUACGAGGCAAAACAUUUUGGUUGACAUAGAACUUACCUUAAAUUGCGAUAAUCUCCUUAAUAAAAUCUCUAGCUUGAUCUUCACUUGAAUUCUCCUUCUAAUAUUGAUCAAAAUUCUAAAUCAAUAACUAUUCUAUUAUUUCGUUAUUUCUUUUAUAUCCAACCUUCAAUUACUUUAACUUCAUAAUUCCUUCUUUAAAUAUAAAUAUUAAAUUAAUAAAUCUUACUAACUGUUUAUUUCCAGUUCAUUCUUAUUAUUUUCUUUAAUUAUAAUAACCCAACUCGGUUUUUCUUAAUUUGUUUGGUUAAAUAGUUUACUGGUCCAAUUAUAUUAACUUCAUAAUAAUUUCAUUAUUUCGAAUUUAAAUAAUCAAUUUCAGUUCAAAAUUCAGUUUACAUAAUUUAUAUAAUUUAUUUACUAACCCUUUUAAUAAUAACUUGACUUAGGCAAUAAUUCGAAAUAAUAAUCAUUAAUGAUAAUCUAAUCUCAAUAACAACUUUAAUUAGUUCAAUAGUUUAUUUAUACUAACUAACCCAAUUAAAUUAAUUUAUACAAUCCUCAAGUUUUAUUUAUUUGACUCACUAAUUUAAUUGAACUAACUAAAUCAAAUAAAUAAGUUUAAUUAUAUCAAUAUAGCUAAAUACGUUAAUCUAAUUCAAUUAAGUCCAAUAAUCAAAUUCUAAUCUCGUUUUAAUUUUCUAUUUUUAAUAUAAAGUCCAGAAAUGUUAUCAAGUCUAUAAAUUAACUAAUUUAUCCAUUAAACUAAUUGAUUUAGUUAAACUAGUUCAAUGAAGUCAAUUAACUAACUUAUUAAGUACACAUUACUUAAUUAAUUUGUUUAUAUUCAUCAACUAAUUUUUUAUGAGUUCAAAUAGUUUAAUAAUUUAUAUGGAGUCCAAAUCACUAAUAAUCAAGGAUAAUAAUUAUUAAUUUAAGCACGCUAAUUUAAUUAGUCAACUAAUUCAAUAAUUUAUUUAUUAAGUCCAAAUAUAGUCAUUCAUUUAUACUAGAUAACCCAACUUUAUUUUCUUUUCCUUAUUUUAUUACAAACAUCAUUUUUAGUCCAGAACAUUAUUUUAAAUCUUAGUGAUUUAUUUAUUUCACCAUUAAUAUCAAAAUUUCCUUAUUUAAUUACUUAACUAGUUUAUAUGGCUCAAUUAAAUUAAAUUAAAUAACUUAAUCAUCACUUUUAUAAAUUACUAAUCAUCCAUAACUAUAGUUUGGGUCUAUACUUGACCUAGGUUGUCCAGAUAUGUAUUUUAGAAUUAUUUCCUUUAUUUAUUCACUUAAUUUCAUAUAUAUAUUAACCGGUUUAAUUACAAUUAAAUAUGCUAAUUAUAAUUUUUGUUAAUUAUAAAUGGUCCCAAAUGUCCUAGUUAGUCAUAUAUUUAAUCUAGCUUGCUCCCACAUUUAUUUCAUAAUUAUUUUCGUCAUUUAGUUAAUUAUUUACUAAAUGUGUACAACUUGGCCCAAUUACAAUUAAAUCAAUUAAAAAUAGCUACAAAUAUUAUUUUUCAAUUAUUCUUGGUCCGAAUAUGUAUUUUUAUACCAGGUAUUUAAUUUAUAUUUUUCCAUAUUUUAUUUAUUUCAUUUACUAUUUUAUUUUUAAUUUUUUAUUGAAAACGGGCCGAACCGGCCCAAAUCCGCGACCCGGCCCAAGAAGACUGGGUUGUCUCCUUCCCAGCUCUUCUCCAGGUCGCGAUUCCGGCGACCGGAAUCCCGUAAACUCCGGCGAGCGAUAACUUUACUUACAGGUAACGGAUUUCGACGAUUCAAGUUGCAAAAUGAUCCUCACGUCGAGGAGAAGCUCCGCCACCCCUAUCUACGGCAAAAUCGUGUCUUUUCUGAAGACCCGUUUCCACGGCUUGCAACUCCGGCGACCUCUAGGAUGCUCCGGUGACUAUGAAUCGGUCUGGAAUUUAUUGGGAAGUAUUCCUAGACCUCUCACGACCCUCCUCUAUCGUUUUUACGAAGUUUGAUACGUAAAAUAUUAUAGGCAUGAAUUUUCCGGCGAGAUUAUGUAUAUAUAUGUAUAUGUAUAUAUAGCUUCUAUCUCUCCGAUUUGCAGUGUUUAGGAUGGCUAAGAGGGUGUAUUUAUAGGUCUAGAUGGUCCUUAUGGUUUAUUUUAUUUAUUUGAUAAUUGUAUGAAUAAUAAUAAUAAUAAUAAUAAUAAUAAUAAAAAUAAUAAUGUCUAUACAUAAUGAUAGGUUGGUAGUUGAUGAACAUGGCAUGUGUAUUGAUCCCUGAUUUGAUUCCCAUUUAUAUUGAUGUUUCAUUUUAUUUUAUUUUAUUAUUAUUAUUUUUAAUUACUUAAAUGUAUUUUGAGUUCUACAUAUAAAUAUAUAUAUUUAAAUAUAUGUACAUAAUGUAUAUACAUUAUUUGGUAGGUGAUCUUAGCAUGUGUCAUUGUUUUAUGAUAUGAUAUUUUCAUUUAUUAAUUUGAUGCUAUUAUUAGUAAUUUAUAAUAUGCUUACUAUUUUUAUUUAUUUAUUUAUUUAUUUAUUUAUUUAUUUAUUCAUUCUGUCACCUAUAUUUUAUCUGAUUUAUUUCCAUUUUAUUUUUAUUUUAUUUUUUAUUUUAUUUUUCCGAUGCUACAUAAGUGUUUAAUUCUAUUGCAUGUAGUGUGCGUAUAUUUUUAUACACCAAGUAUAAUAAAAAAAAUAUUUUGAUCUUACUUUCAUUUGAUUUAUCAGAUAUAACUUAUCUGAUUUAUUUAUUUAUUUUUAUUUCAAAUUUUCAAGGUAUCACAUUCUACCCUCCUUAAAGAAUGCUUCGUCCUCGAAGCAUAAACUAAGACGAGAAUUAAGUAUGAAGAUGAAGUAUUAUAGGUUUAUAAGAUAUUACAACCUGCCCCCCUAAAAGAAAGGUUACGUCCUCGUAACCGAAUAUUUACCUUAAUUGAAAAGUUCAGGAUACCGUUUACGCAUAUCCUCUUCGGUUUCCCAUGUUGCAUUCUCGGUCAAAUGGUUUGACCAAAGUACUUUUACCAUCUUAACUGUCUUCUUCCUUGUCUCUCGGGUCUUAGUAUCGAGAAUCUCUAUGGGUUUUUCUUCGUAGGAUAAUGUCUCAUCCAUUUCAAUCACCUAAUAAUAUAACGGUUAACUUAUAUUCUUUUCAAUUUACGUUUGGCUCAUGUUAAGUCUAGGAUUUCUUACCUCCGGAUUGAUGAUAUGUGACUCAUCUCGAACAUACUUCUUUAAUUGUGAUACGUGAAAGACGUUAUGUACCUAGCAUAUAUCGGUAUGUUAAGAAUGUAUUUUAAUCGUAGAGAAGUAUUUGAUUUCAAAUCGGUUGUUACCUUAUCCAACUCCGUGGGUAGAGCUAAUCGAUAUGCCACUUUUCCCACCUUCUCUAGGAUGUCAUAGGGUCCGAUGAAUCUCGGACUUAGUUUCCCUUUCUUCCCGAACCUCAUUACGCCUCUUGUAGGAGAGACUUUGAGUAGAACUUUCUCCCCUAAUUCGAAUUCAGCUGGUUUUCUCCCAAGAUCGGCAUAUGAUUUCUGUCGGUCUUGGGCAGCCUUCAUCCUUUCUUGGAUGACCUUGAUUUUCUCAAUAGUAUCUUGCAAGUAUUGUGGUCCUAGAACCACCUGAUCGACCAUGUCACCCCAACAUAAGGGACUCCUACACUUUUGACCAUAUAGAGCUUCGUAUGGGGCCAUUCCGAUGCUAGCAUGGUAACUGUUAUUGUACGAAAACUCUACUAAGUCUAGGUGUUCAUCCCAUGAUCCUUGCAAAUCAAGAACACAUGCCCUCAACAUGUCUUCUAAUGUUUGGAUUGUUCUUUCGGUCUGUCCGUCCGUGGUUGGAUGGAAAGCAGUACUUAACUUCAAUUUUGUUCCCAUAGCCGUUUGUAAUUCUUUCCAAAAUUGGGAUAAGAAUCGUGAAUCUCGGUCCGAUACGAUGUCUUGAGGUACUCCGUGGUGUUUGACCACGUGUUUGACAUAGGCUUUAGCCAGUUUCUCCAUGCUCCAGGUUUCAUUCAUAGGAAUGAACCUUGCAGUUUUGGUCAAUCUAUCCACUACCACCCAAAUUUUAUCUUUCCCGGACUUUGUUAAAGGUAAACCCCCGACAAAGUCCAUUGAGAUUGAAUCCCAUUUCCAUGUUGGUACUUCCAAGGGUUGCACGAGUCCCUUGGGUUUGCAUCUCUCCGCUUUGACUUUUUGGCAGUUCAAACAUCGGGAUACAAAUUCAGCUACUUCUUUCUUCAUUCCCGGCCACCAAAAGUUCUUCUUGAGGUCUUUGUAUAGUUUGUCUCCCCCGGGAUGUACCGAGUAGGGCGUGUUGUGUCCCUCCUCCAUGAUUUGUUUUUUAAUAUCUGCACACUUCAGUGGAACACACCAUCUUCCCUUGUAUCGGAUGCUCCCAUCUUCAUGCAUCUUAAAUGGUCCGUUGACGCCAUCUUUCAUUCCUUCCUUGACUCUUUCGAGCUUUACAUCUCCCGGUUGUCCGUUCUUGAUUUCGUCAAAGAUAGAUGGUAUAACAGUCAUAGUACAUAACUGUAUUUCACCAUCUACUUCGCCAUAUUGCUUUACUUCCAAGCUCAAUCCUUGGAAGUCUCGGAAUAGUUCUUCUGGUAAUAUCCAUGUUGCUCGGCAUGAGUGCUCAGAUUUCCGGCUCAAAGCAUCCGCCACCACGUUAGCUUUUCCCUCGUGGUAUUGGAUUUCUAGAUCGUAAUCAUUGAUAAGCUCGAGCCAUCUUCUUUGCCUCAUGUUAAGCUCUUUUUGAGUGAAUAUGUACUUCAAGCUUUUGUGGUCAGUGUAUAUCUUACAAUGUGCUCCGUAUAGGUAAUGUCUCCAGAUUUUCAAAGCAAACACUACUGCAGCUAACUCCAGGUCAUGGGUAGGAUAAUUGACUUCAUGCACCUUUAGUUGUCUUGAUGCAUAAGCCACCACUUUCCUAUUUUGCAUUAGCACACACCCCAACCCCUUUUUGGAUGCAUCACUAUAAAUAUCAAAUCCCUCCGUCCCUGACGGUAGUGUCAAGACCGGUGCAGUUGUGAGUCUUUUCUUCAACUCUUGGAAUGCUGCUUCACAAUCUUCAUUCCAUUGGAACUUGGUUGUCUUCUUUGUCAGAUUGGUUAGCGGUCUUGCUAUCUUGGAGAAAUCUUUAACAAAUCUCCUAUAGUAUCCCGCUAGACCCAAGAAACUUCUUACCUCUGUGACCGAGGUAGGUGCACGCCAUUCAACCACCGCUUCAAUCUUCGAUGGAUCUACGGAUACGCCUUCCUGGGUGAUGAUGUGACCCAGGAACGCUACCCGAUCCUGCCAGAAGUCACACUUUGAGAGUUUGGCAUACAACUGGUUCUCUCUCAAAGUUUGUAACGUGAGUCUCAAGUGUUUCUCGUGAUCUUCCGGGGUUUUUGAAUACACAAGAAUAUCAUCGAUGAAUACCACCACAAAUGUAUCAAGAUAAGGUCGGAAUACACGGUUCAUUAGGUCCAUGAAUACCGCCGGUGCAUUUGUUAAACCAAACGGCAUCACAGUGAACUCGUAGUGUCCAUACCUCGUGCGGAAUGCUGUUUUUGGUACAUCUUUUUCGGAUAUUCUCACUUGAUGAUAUCCAGAGCGCAAGUCUAUCUUAGAGAACGUGCUAGCCCCCUUCAAUUGAUCAAACAAGUCGUCAAUUCGGGGCAAUGGAUACUUGUUCUUGAUAGUUGCUUGAUUCAACUCUCGGUAAUCGAUGCAUAGCCUUAGACUCCCAUCUUUCUUUUUGACAAAUAAGACCGGAGCGCCCCAAGGUGAGACACUCGGUCUUAUGUACCCCUUUUCUAACAACUCCUCUAGUUGUUCCUUCAGCUCCUGCAUUUCUUUCGGUGCCAUCCGGUAAGGUGCUUUUGAAAUUGGCGCGGUUCCGGGCAUCAACUCAAUUGAGAAUUCAACUUCUCUCUCGGGUGGCAUCCCUGGAAUCUCUUCCGGAAAUACAUCCGGAAAUUCAUUGACUACGGCAAUUUGGUCAAUGUUUGGUUCCCCUGUAUUCACCUCUUUCAUAAAGCACAAGUAGGUUUCAUACCCCUUUCGGAUAUGUCGCUUUAAUUGUUGCAUAGUCAUCAGCUUCAUACUAGGCUUGGAAGUGAUUGCUUUGUAAGAUAUUCGCUUCCCAUUUGGACCCUUCAAGAUUACCUUCUGUUCAUCACAGAGGAUCCUGGCUUUGUAUUUCCCCAACCAAUCCAUGCCCAGUACUAUGUCUAUAUCUUUUAAGUCAAAUUGGAUUAAAUCUCCAUGAAGGUUGGAUUCAGAUAUGAGUAUGGAAAUGUUGGAGUAUACAUUUCCACAAGUUACAAAUUUAUCUGAGGCGGUUCUUACAUUCAAGUCUAUUCUAGCUGUUGGUUCAAUCUUCAAUUUCUUAACGAAAUUAGAAGAUAUGAAACUGUGAGAAGCACCAGAAUCGAAUAGAACAUAAGCAGGCUCAGAAUUUACAAGGAAUGUACCUGAAACCACAUCAUUAGCAUUGGCUUGGGCCUGAUUCAUCACCAUGAUUCGCCCUUGGUUCGGACGGUUGCCGUUGUUUCCACCAUUGCCAUUGUUCCCGCCAUUGCCAUUGCCACGAUUAUUCUCCCCUCCUCCUCGAGGGUUGCGGUUGUUGUUGGCGGAGGCGGCAUUGUUGUUGUUAUUUUGUCCUCCAUUUGGCCCAGCUUGGUUCAUAUCUGGUCUUCCUCCAUCACGGUAUUGCACCUGGUUCACUGGUGCCCCAUUGGUCUUUGAGAGACACUCGAAGGUUCGGUGCCCUAGCUUCCCACAAUUGAAACAUUUUGUCAGGCUUCCAUCGCAGUUAACACCGGGAUGAUCUCUCCCGCACCUCUUGCAGUAGAAGUGUCUAUCUCUGGGAGCAGCUCUUCGAUCAUUUUGUUGGUUUUGACCGUGGAAAUUUCUUCCACCUUGGUCAUCUCUCCUCCUCCUCCCUUCUUGUUGCUGUGUAGGUGGGUGCACUCUGACCCUCUUUUCUCCUCGACCUCCAUCUUCGUCCCUCUUCAUCUUCUGGUUCCUCUCUCUUUGUAGUUGCUGAACUCGAUAGUGAACUGCAGCUCUAUCAUAAGCAUCAGUCAGAGUUUGGCAACCCAAAACAGCGACGAUUUUCUGCGUAUCAUAGUUUAAUCCGUAGAUAAAUUUCUCAACUUUGGUGCUUUCAUCAGGCACUAUUGUUUUCGCAAAUGGCGCGAGGUCCACGAAUUUAUUGUGAUAUUCCUGGACACUCAUGCCCAUCUGUUUCAAAUGUAUGAAUUCAUCACGCAUGGUGGCCUGAACGUGUGCAGGAUAAAAACGUUUCCUCAUGGCAAUCUUGAAAGCUUCCCAAUUGAAGUCAGGUUGUUGACGUAAAGUUGGGCCUGAUGAGACCCACCAGUUAUCCGCCUCUUGCUGUAAAUAGUAAACAGCAAUGUCAACCCUUUGCUCUUCCGGACAGCUCACUGCGUCGAAGAGUUUGUCAAAGAGUCGGAGCCAAUUCUCGAGGAUACGAGGAUCUUCUUGCCCAUGAAAGCUUGGAGGGUUGCGAGAUGCCACUCGUUUUGCGGCAUCAUUCCCGUUGUUCUGGUUUUGGUUGUUCUGGAGCACAGUAGCACCCAGUGUGUGCAUGAAUUGUGCCAGUUGUUGAACGCUUUGUGCCAACUCAGCAUUGGUGGGCGUGUUAUCAGGGUCUCUUCUCGGUGCCAUGAUAUCUUAAUGACAUAAAGUAUUCGUGUAAGAUUUUCUAUAUUUUUCUCCUAAGGAUCCUAGUUCAACUAAGGAUUCCAUAGGCUAUGCAACAUGAUCAUAUAAAAAUGUACAUAACAAUCAUACAGAGGAUUCAUACUUCACAUAAAAGCACUUUCACACAUAAUGUUUGUACAUACCUUAGCCACUUCGGAAUUUUGCCCUAUGAGGCAUUCCCAUUUUAUCAUUUGGGGUUCCCAUUUCUCAAAUGGGCCCACAAUUAGCAUAAUUAUCACAUACAUGAUACAUGUAAGGAAAAUAAAUACUCACAAGGUCCUCACCACGUUCCUAAAAGGCCAUUUCCUAGCUAUAUUAUCUUUCCUAAUCUUAAAAAUAUUUGAACAUCUCCCUUUUGAAGGUACAAUUUCAAAGGUUUCCUUCAAUGAUUUUGAACAACGAAGUUUCAGCACAAGGAGAAAUUCCCAGGUAGUUGGACGAGCGCAAAGGCUCAAUUAAGAACCAACAGCCUUAGACUCUUAUCGUCUUGGUGACAGAAUUUCUCCAUACAACCUAUUACCUCGUGUUCAAAUCCUUUAGGAAAACCUAAGGCUCUGAUACCAACUUGUAACACCCCCAUUUUUCCCACCAAAAUAAAAUAACAUUUUGAAAUGAAAACAUCUUUAUUAUAAAACAUAUUUAGAGUACAGCGGAAGUCUUUGAUGGAAAAACAGGUGUGUCACCGCCACACUCAACCUAUACAUGAUUGAGUGCACAGGCUAUCCACCAUUAAUUCAAGUAGUCAUCAGAUAAAACUUAAACAAAGUUUAUGGAUUACAAAUUUAAACAACAAUAAUUAAUCAAACGUGUGCAACUAGCGGAACACUCGGGCAGCAAGUACAUCAAUCUUCAUAAUCAUAAUCAUCUGUACAAUAGAGCAAAGAGAAAAAGAGAAAAGAGACAAAAAUUAGCUUUAGAGCUAAGUAAGAUUCCACCCGAACCCGUAAAAUAAUAUAAUUUGGAAAAUAGGUUUUUGUAUAUGUAUAUAUAUUGAAAAGUAGUCUCUCAUAUUUUCAAAAUGGUUUAAUGUCAUAAAAUAAUUUCCACAAUAGAUAAGAUCAUCCUUCAAUUCUUCCAAAAGUAAUACUUUAGAUUCUUUUAAGAGUGGGCGAAACUCAAGAUUCCUCGAGCCCAAUGAGUCGUUGUUAUCUACGACUCAUCCCGGAAUUCCGGCUCCCACCGACCACCAAUUGGAAGCUGAAUUUCUACCUUAAGUGUGCACACCCUCUAAAAGGGAUUCCAAGCCCUCCGAGUAGUAAGAAACCCAAGUAGGCAGGAUGUUUUCUACCACCUACUCACAAGGGACAUUGUCCAAGGGUAAAUUAGGUAACUACUACUACGACCACCAAAGGAUCUUUGAUCCUCAAAUAAAAGCCCGGGAUGUCUACCGGAGUAUGUCAUUGCCGGACUGGUUACCGACCCAAAUAAAUUUCACCGAAAGUAGUAGUAGCCCUAACCACCCACGCCUCGUGUUUCUCUCGAGACGUAAGAAUAUAUAUUAUGAAAACUUUAAGUUUUCCCCAAAUCAUUCUUGUCACAUUUUCUCAAAAUAUCCUUUGUAAUAAAUAUAAAUCCACCAAUAUUCUUUAAUAAAAAGAAUAUACAUUUAAUCAUCCAUAAAAGGUAAUAAUCCACCAAUAUUCAUAUAGUCAAAAUAUUCGAUCCAUGUCAAACAUAUAAUUUCCAAUUCAUAAAUAAUUCACAUAGUGCAAAUAUUGCAUACAUAUAAGUACGAGGCAAAACAUUUUGGUUGACAUAGAACUUACCUUAAAUUGCGAUAAUCUCCUUAAUAAAAUCUCUAGCUUGAUCUUCACUUGAAUUCUCCUUCUAAUAUUGAUCAAAAUUCUAAAUCAAUAACUAUUCUAUUAUUUCGUUAUUUCUUUUAUAUCCAACCUUCAAUUACUUUAACUUCAUAAUUCCUUCUUUAAAUAUAAAUAUUAAAUUAAUAAAUCUUACUAACUGUUUAUUUCCAGUUCAUUCUUAUUAUUUUCUUUAAUUAUAAUAACCCAACUCGGUUUUUCUUAAUUUGUUUGGUUAAAUAGUUUACUGGUCCAAUUAUAUUAACUUCAUAAUAAUUUCAUUAUUUCGAAUUUAAAUAAUCAAUUUCAGUUCAAAAUUCAGUUUACAUAAUUUAUAUAAUUUAUUUACUAACCCUUUUAAUAAUAACUUGACUUAGGCAAUAAUUCGAAAUAAUAAUCAUUAAUGAUAAUCUAAUCUCAAUAACAACUUUAAUUAGUUCAAUAGUUUAUUUAUACUAACUAACCCAAUUAAAUUAAUUUAUACAAUCCUCAAGUUUUAUUUAUUUGACUCACUAAUUUAAUUGAACUAACUAAAUCAAAUAAAUAAGUUUAAUUAUAUCAAUAUAGCUAAAUACGUUAAUCUAAUUCAAUUAAGUCCAAUAAUCAAAUUCUAAUCUCGUUUUAAUUUUCUAUUUUUAAUAUAAAGUCCAGAAAUGUUAUCAAGUCUAUAAAUUAACUAAUUUAUCCAUUAAACUAAUUGAUUUAGUUAAACUAGUUCAAUGAAGUCAAUUAACUAACUUAUUAAGUACACAUUACUUAAUUAAUUUGUUUAUAUUCAUCAACUAAUUUUUUAUGAGUUCAAAUAGUUUAAUAAUUUAUAUGGAGUCCAAAUCACUAAUAAUCAAGGAUAAUAAUUAUUAAUUUAAGCACGCUAAUUUAAUUAGUCAACUAAUUCAAUAAUUUAUUUAUUAAGUCCAAAUAUAGUCAUUCAUUUAUACUAGAUAACCCAACUUUAUUUUCUUUUCCUUAUUUUAUUACAAACAUCAUUUUUAGUCCAGAACAUUAUUUUAAAUCUUAGUGAUUUAUUUAUUUCACCAUUAAUAUCAAAAUUUCCUUAUUUAAUUACUUAACUAGUUUAUAUGGCUCAAUUAAAUUAAAUUAAAUAACUUAAUCAUCACUUUUAUAAAUUACUAAUCAUCCAUAACUAUAGUUUGGGUCUAUACUUGACCUAGGUUGUCCAGAUAUGUAUUUUAGAAUUAUUUCCUUUAUUUAUUCACUUAAUUUCAUAUAUAUAUUAACCGGUUUAAUUACAAUUAAAUAUGCUAAUUAUAAUUUUUGUUAAUUAUAAAUGGUCCCAAAUGUCCUAGUUAGUCAUAUAUUUAAUCUAGCUUGCUCCCACAUUUAUUUCAUAAUUAUUUUCGUCAUUUAGUUAAUUAUUUACUAAAUGUGUACAACUUGGCCCAAUUACAAUUAAAUCAAUUAAAAAUAGCUACAAAUAUUAUUUUUCAAUUAUUCUUGGUCCGAAUAUGUAUUUUUAUACCAGGUAUUUAAUUUAUAUUUUUCCAUAUUUUAUUUAUUUCAUUUACUAUUUUAUUUUUAAUUUUUUAUUGAAAACGGGCCGAACCGGCCCAAAUCCGCGACCCGGCCCAAGAAGACUGGGUUGUCUCCUUCCCAGCUCUUCUCCAGGUCGCGAUUCCGGCGACCGGAAUCCCGUAAACUCCGGCGAGCGAUAACUUUACUUACAGGUAACGGAUUUCGACGAUUCAAGUUGCAAAAUGAUCCUCACGUCGAGGAGAAGCUCCGCCACCCCUAUCUACGGCAAAAUCGUGUCUUUUCUGAAGACCCGUUUCCACGGCUUGCAACUCCGGCGACCUCUAGGAUGCUCCGGUGACUAUGAAUCGGUCUGGAAUUUAUUGGGAAGUAUUCCUAGACCUCUCACGACCCUCCUCUAUCGUUUUUACGAAGUUUGAUACGUAAAAUAUUAUAGGCAUGAAUUUUCCGGCGAGAUUAUGUAUAUAUAUGUAUAUGUAUAUAUAGCUUCUAUCUCUCCGAUUUGCAGUGUUUAGGAUGGCUAAGAGGGUGUAUUUAUAGGUCUAGAUGGUCCUUAUGGUUUAUUUUAUUUAUUUGAUAAUUGUAUGAAUAAUAAUAAUAAUAAUAAUAAUAAUAAUAAAAAUAAUAAUGUCUAUACAUAAUGAUAGGUUGGUAGUUGAUGAACAUGGCAUGUGUAUUGAUCCCUGAUUUGAUUCCCAUUUAUAUUGAUGUUUCAUUUUAUUUUAUUUUAUUAUUAUUAUUUUUAAUUACUUAAAUGUAUUUUGAGUUCUACAUAUAAAUAUAUAUAUUUAAAUAUAUGUACAUAAUGUAUAUACAUUAUUUGGUAGGUGAUCUUAGCAUGUGUCAUUGUUUUAUGAUAUGAUAUUUUCAUUUAUUAAUUUGAUGCUAUUAUUAGUAAUUUAUAAUAUGCUUACUAUUUUUAUUUAUUUAUUUAUUUAUUUAUUUAUUUAUUUAUUCAUUCUGUCACCUAUAUUUUAUCUGAUUUAUUUCCAUUUUAUUUUUAUUUUAUUUUUUAUUUUAUUUUUCCGAUGCUACAUAAGUGUUUAAUUCUAUUGCAUGUAGUGUGCGUAUAUUUUUAUACACCAAGUAUAAUAAAAAAAAUAUUUUGAUCUUACUUUCAUUUGAUUUAUCAGAUAUAACUUAUCUGAUUUAUUUAUUUAUUUUUAUUUCAAAUUUUCAAGGUAUCACAGUCA